AUGUCGAACUAUUAUUUGACGCACGGCAUUCAUAACUUUGACGAUGAUCUUGAAGAAAAAAUUCAUAACAAUUUAGAGCAUCGAAAUCUGUACAUGCUAGAUAUGAACUGUGAUUACGCUAUCGAAGUUUUACGACAGGCGCAUUCAAAGAGAAUGUUCAUCGCCCCGAUGAAAUGGCUGCUUCUUCAGGAUCGAAGGAUGAUAAUCGAUAACGCUAAUAUAACUUCCAUAAAUGACAACUUAGAGGUUUUUGAAGAUUUAGCUCUCUAUCCUGACAGUGAUGUGGUACUCGCUCAAAGAUUCGAUAAUGAUUUUCUUCAACUGACAUCCGUAUAUCGACCGAGUCCACAACGAGCAGUAAUAUGGGAAAAUCGCGGAACCUGGACGAUCAAGAACGGUUUACAAAUGAGUACUUUCGAUGUGGCUUCAGCACGGAGAAGGAAUCUUCAACAGACGGCUCUUAAAUCUUGUCUCGUGAUGUUAGAUCCUGACACGAUCAAUCACUUGACUGAUUAUAAAUAUAAUAUAAUAGAUCCUAUGACAAAGGUUAAUUAUAUCUGGGUACUUCAUUUAGUAAACCGGAUGAACGCAACGGUAAGUUUCAAAAUUUCCAACACUUGGGGACGCGAUAAUAAUGGAUCCUGGGACGGGAUGAUCGGGAUGCUGCAGCGAAAGGAGAUCGACAUUGGCGGCACUCCUGUAUAUAUGAUGACAAGUCGCAUUCAUAUGCUGGAAUAUAUUCAACUAUACACGCGUACUGGUAUGAGUUUCGUGUUCCGACGACCAUUAUUAUCGACCAUAAAAAACAUCUUCUUCUUACCUUUUCAAAAAAACGUCUGGUUAGCAACCGCUAUAUUCCUUAUUCUCGUCUUUUGCUUGCUAUAUAUAUCUAUGAAAUGGGAACAUUAUCGAGGUACUUCGAGAAAAUCAGUAGCUUACUGGAACCAAUUGAAUGCUAGUGAACCGACAAUCACCGAUGAUCUUCUCAUCUUAUUAGGUGCAUUUGCGCAACAAGGAUAUUCGUAUGAGCCAUACAGAAUUCCAACUCGAAUUAUCACUCUUAUGUUAUUACUGGCAUCGCUGAGCCUUUAUGCAGCUUACACAGCGAAUAUAGUGUCUCUCUUGCAAUCUACUACGGAUUCAAUCAAAACCCUUUCCGAUCUCUUGCACAGUCCGUUAACUCUAGGAGUACAAGAUAUGUUAAUUAAUCGACUUCAUUUCAAGACUUUACAAGACCCCAUCAGAAAGGCGAUCGUCGAGCAGAAAAUUGAACCAAAAGGGCGCAAAUCGAACUGGAUGAGUCUUGAAGAAGGGGUACGGCGCGUAAGGAACGAACCUUUUGCAUUUCAUGGUGGACGAAGUCCGAUGUAUCAAAUUAUGCAACACACUUAUCAAGAAGAAGAGAAAUGCGGUAUUACAGAGAUUGAUUAUAUGAAUAACAUAUAUCCGGUUAUUGCGAUACAGAAAAGAUCGCCUUAUUUAGAGAUAAUAAAAAAUGGAGCUUUGAAACUGCGAGAAUAUGGGCUCAUGUAUCGCGACGAGUAUCGCUUGUACAUAAAAAAGCCAAUGUGCUCGAGUCAGACAGGCUUCAUCACCAUUGGUUUUACGGAAUGCUAUUUUGCGAUAGUCGCAAUGGGUUACGGAGCUUUACUUAGCAUAACUGUAUUUGCCCUCGAACUAUUAUGGUACAAAAGACAAAGUAUGAAAACACUAAAAGAGACAGUUUCAACUGUGUUGCAUUUUGUCCUUAUCCGUGUCACGAUGCCGUCGAAUUCUUGAGGCGUUCCGGAAAUGUCGCUGUUCAAGACAAAUGAGUGGUGGAGAACGCAAUGCGGAGUAAAUGAAUCAUUCGAUAGACACAGCUUGCUGAUCACGCCAUUAUUCGGCGCUGAUCGAAAGGAUAUCAUCGUCACUGGUAGUCACAGCGGCUACCUUCGAAUAUACAGUCCGUUCUCGCAAUGGAUAGAGGAGACCAAGUCACCGAGCGGUUACAAGUCCUCGGACUUGCUCAUCGAGACGCAAAUCAGCGACUGUAUUGUCGACAUGAAGGCGGGCAAAUUCGUCUCAGGCUCGCCAGAUACUCGACUUGCAGUACUGACAUCAAAAAAACUUGCUAUUUACAGUAUAAUUUUGAGUCAAGGCUCCGUUGAGCAUGGAGACCAUUGCGACCUGGAAAUUGCUUACGAGCAUUUGCUACCACGAUUUCCGGCGUCCCUGACAACUGGACCGUUUGGCGGUGUGCGGGGUAGGGACUUCCUCUGCGUUCAGUGCCUGGAUGGCACGCUCCUCUUCUACGAGCAAGAGACUCCCACCUUUAGCUUGGUUCUCAGGAAUCGGUUGCUGCCAGAGCCGAUCGUCUACGUUUCGCGGAACGACAUCUUCGUAACGCCAAGCUCCUCGUGGAUUCUUGAAUGCUACAGGCAGGUUGUUCCACUAUGCCGUUCCAAGUAUAAGAAUAUGGCGGAAUUUGGCAGUAAGGAUCGCACGGAAGAAUCAAAGAAUCUAGAACCGGACUGGAGUUACAAUAUCGGAGAAGCCGUUCUCGAUAUCGGCGCCGUUAUUUUGAGCAGCUUCGAAGUUGGAAUUCUCAUACUCGGCGAGAAAAGUCUGUGUUGUCUAAAAGACAAUUGCGUUAUUCUAAAAUACUCGAAAAGGCUCGAGUACAAGGCACUCUGUUUUCAACCUUACGUGAUAGAACCGGAUGGCAAACUGAUGGUGCUUGUAAUUGCUGACACGAACACUCUGAUGAUUUACGAGGGCACGACUCUUAGGUGGUCAGCUCAGUUACCUUUUACUCCGGUUGCUGUAACUCGAGCGCAUUUUCAGCACUUAGAUGGAGUGAUCGUCGUUCUCUCUGAAGAGGGCCAGCUAGAGGCUUGCUACUUGGGCUCGGAACCGUCGUUAUUUAUCGCACCUCCUCUGCAUCGACGCGGUUACGAUUACGUGGCCGCCGAAGAUGAGCUCAUGGAGCUACGCAAAUUAGCGAAGAAAAAUAAGACUUCCGGCAAUCAACUCAGUGACGUCACCAUGGACGCCGAGCUGAUAAUAUCCGUGACCGUAUCUGCGGAUCUGGAACCGUGUCCACGCGGAAACCAGGACGACUGUAAGGACGACUCAGAGGGUCGUAAUUUAAUGUGCAGGAUCACCAUAGAAUUGUCCACGUAUAUGACGCUUCGCGAUGUUCAAGUAUGUGUGGACGUCUCAAAGCCGUUCGUCGCCGACAAGGAUCGCCAUGUUAUUACCAACCUUUGUGACAGGCACGUUCUGCGCUUAAUGAUUUACUCAACCAUGGAUUUACCGGCGAUGUCGUCGGACGUGAGAAUCACGGCGAGCUACGAGACGGCGGAUCGUGGGAGCCUACGCGUACUUCAGAAGACGACCCAACUACCCCUGAAGAUGAUGCUGAGGGCCUGCCCACCCGAGAGCACGUCCACCUUCACGGCGACCAUCAAGUGCAGCGAGCCGCUCGUGGCUUUUAGCCAACUAUUUCCCGAGUUUACAGGAGAUGUACAGAGGCAAAACUGGAACGCACUUGGCUUGCAGCACUUGCAAACUGGCAGCGUGGUGACAAUCGUUUCCGGCGCUACCAGCAAUCGAUACCGAGUGCAAUCAAACGACGGACUUUCAAUGGCCUUGGUGGUGCAGCAGCUGGUGAAUAGGCUCAAAGACAAGGCUACCGGAAACUUUACGACCGCCAUCGCGCAAAAUCAUAUACAGCUAGUACAAUCUCAGAUGGAGGCGCACUAUCAUAGUCGCCAGGAGGUGGACAAAAUUGCGAAUGAGAUCGGGCUACUGUCGACCCAGUUGAGAAACAUCGAGAGGAGGAUGCUGCGCGCCGUGAGGGAGCGAAAUACCCGGUCUCUGGGCACGACCGGACUGCCGUUCCUCUUGGAGUUGACUUAUCGCGCGAUCUUCGCGCUUCUGGACGAUCUCGCGAUCGCACGAGCGGAACGGGAACGCGCUGGCCACGGUCUGCGGUGCGUCGUGAGGUUACUGCUCCUACUGUUGCGGCUCAAUGUAAACGACGAUAAGUACGCGAUGCUCGAAGCCGCGAUCGGAUUCGAUCCGCAGCUGUGCGACGGGCUCGACUGGGAAGAAAUCGCUGAUGUCAGCCUGAGCGCUUUUCUACGAUCCACUUCGAGAAAACCCACGAGUCAUCUAGAUACAAAGUCCGCGACGUUAACCAAAAUGACGUCUACCAAAGAGUUCACCAAGUUGAAGAAACGUUUGGUACACGCGGUUGAACGUCUUGAUAGCUGUCGAGAAGCUGACAUAAUCGAGAACGAACAAUUGGAAGCUACAAGCGAUCGCGCUUCUUCAUAA